AACCAAACAUUAUGGUAAAGGAAACAAAACUUUACGAUAUACUGGAACUUAAACCAGAUGCCUCAGAAAGUGAAAUAAAGAAGGCUUAUAGAAAGCUAGCUCUCAAGUACCAUCCCGACAAGAAUCCAGACACUGGUGAAAAGUUUAAAGAAAUUGCACAUGCUUUUGAAAUUCUUUCUGACAAUCAAAAACGAGAUGUUUACGAUCGAUAUGGAGAGGAAGGUCUAUCUGGCGAGGGAGGAAUGGGUGGUAUGUCACCCGAAGACCUGUUCGCCAGCUUUUUCGGUGGCGGUGGUAUGUUUGGCAACAGAAGUCGCUCAACGGGUCCAAGGAAAGGAAAGAAUUUUAAACAUUCUCUCAAAGUCUCCCUGGAAGAUUUCUAUAACGGAAAAACCACAAAGUUAUCUUUGAACAAGGAUAUUAUCUGCAAAACAUGCGAUGGUAGAGGCGGAAAGGAAGGCGCCGUCAAGAAGUGCACCUCAUGCGAUGGUACAGGCUAUAAGAUUCAUUUAAGGACUUUAGGUCCUAUGGUGCAGCAGAUUCAGCAGGCAUGUAGCGAUUGUCAUGGCGCUGGUGAAAUUAUCCGGGACAAAGAUCGGUGUAAAACGUGCAAUGGUAAAAAAGUCAUUAAUGAACGUAAGGUGUUAGAGGUACAUAUUGAAAAAGGUAUGAAAAACGGUCAAGCAAUAACGUUUUACGGUGAAGCUGAUCAAGCCCCUGGUAUCGAACCCGGUGAUGUUGUCAUUUAUCUGGAGGAAAAACAACAUGAUCGUUUUAUAAGGAAAGGUGAUGAUCUUGUUUAUACGGCUAAAAUCGAUCUGGUAACGUCCUUGGCAGGAGGAAUUUUCCAUAUAGAACACCUUGAUAAUCGAGUACUUGAAGUCAAGAUUAAGGCUAUCCCUUCACAAGGUAUGCCGUCUCACCGUCAUCAUACCUUUGGUACUCUUUAUAUCAAAUUUGAUAUCGAAUUUCCUGAACGUAACUGGACGGAUGAUGUCAGCAAGUUGGAUCUUCUAAAAGAAAUUCUUCCCUCAUCUAUAAAGAACGAAUCACCACCUAUCGAUCAGAUUGAACAAGUUGAAUUAUCUAGUCUUGAUUCUAUUCAACAGCAAAAUGUAUUGAAUAAUAAUACCCAAGAUGAUGAUGAGGAGGGUCACGGUCCAAAUGUUCAAUGCGCUCAACAGUAA